AUGGCGCGAGAAUUCGGCUACCGCGACGGCAUCGCCGUCUUCCAGAUCGUCUGCUUCUCCGCCCUAUUCCUCUGCGCCAUCGCCAUGGCCCGGUCGCGCAAGAACGGCUGGUUCUGCGUCGGCGGCGUCGCCGUCAUCCGCCUGGUCGGCGCGAGCUGCCUGCUCGCGACGCUCGGGGACAACUCGCGCAGCGUGUGGGCCGGCGUCUACGUGUGCGAGUCGCUUGGCGUCCUGCUCCUGACCUUUUUGCUGCUGGGGAUGCUGGAGAGAGCAAACCACUUCGUCCCGCUCCUCAACCGCCACUUCUUCCGCGCGCCCAUCCUCCUCUCGUGGCUGGGCAUCGGCCUGACCGCGGGCGACUACGUCCUGGCCGUGCGCGAGGGCGACGCGUACAGCCCCGUCAACCCGUGGGGCGUCGCGGGCAUGGCCGUGUUCGUCGCCAUCUACGGGGCCACGGCGGCGCUCGCGCUCUUCCUCCUGCUCCGCCGCGCGGCUUUCAGGGAGCGCGGGUGGCACGGCGAGCGGCGCCAGGUCGAGUGCGCCGCGGCCUGCAUGCCGGUCCUCGGGCUCCGCGUCGCCUACACCGUGGCGGGCCGCCUGUCACCGCCCGGGCGUGAGACCUUCAACCCCGUCCGCGGCGGCGACCCCACCGCGUACCUGGUCAUGGUCGCCUUCGCCGAGGUCGCCGUCGCGGCUGCGGCCACGGCCGCCAUCCUCUGGUACGGAAGGGACUGGAGGCAGUACGAGAAGGCGCUCCGCGAGAGCAUUGACGACGAGCAGCAGCAGGGCGCGCAGCCGCUGGCGGCCUCGCGGCAAGCAUAGAGUGGGACGCGAGAAAUUCUGGAAAUACUGCGCAUGAGGGGAGAGAGCUCCUUGUUUUUUUUUUUUUGAGUCAAAACAGUCCACGUCGACCCCGAAAUAUCUUUUACAAUGUAGCCACUUCGCUAGCCAUGGCGCUAGACCGAGCCCGUAUCUUCCUCGUCCCAGAGGCGUCAUCAUUCCGGCCAGUCGAGAUCGGUCGGUAUGAAAUAAGUGCCGGUGGAAGACUUUGGGGGCACGGCGGGUGGCUUCAACCUGUUGGGCCCCGGGUCCGGCUUCGGUGGUGGCUUUGGCUGCCGUUUCACCCCUGGUGUAAACGACUCUGCGGCCGGAGUAGCUAGCCUGGCCUGCCUUUUGAUCUGGGCGGUUUCUCGAGCCUUCUUCUCGACCUUGUCCUUGAUCUGUACCUCGACCUUCUCCUGAAUCUGUACUUCGAUCUCCUCA